AAAAGUGCCUGUCAGAAAAGGCGCGAGAGGGGUGAAGGAAAUAGCACGUCAGGAGAAACAGUGCGAGGCGAUGCGUGUGUCAGAAGGCUUGAGGAUGAAAACUAUGUAGAAAAGCGAUGAAACCACUCAGUGUGCAAGAGAAAAAUGCGUGUGUCAGAAAGCGUGAGGGGUGAAAAGUUAAUGUGUAAGAGAAGUGAAGGAAAUAGGGUGAUGAGAAAAAUGUGUGUCAGAAGAGGCGCGCGAGAGUGUGAGGAGUGAAAACAUUACAUAUAAGGUGGUAGCAUGUGAGACAAAAGUGCCUGUGUUGGGAGAAAAACGAACUUGUGCCUGUGAGCAAAGGGCAUGUCUGAGAAAAGGUGGUGUAUGUGGGAAAGGAAAAAUGUAUUUGUGUGCACAAGAAAAGGUGUGUGAGAAAAGUAGGGAAAGAAAAAGUGAGUAAAAGUGUGAUGGAGAAAAAGUGCAUGCCUGGGGUCAUGUCUGAAGGAGAAAAAAUGUGAGUGAAUGGAUGAAAAAGUAUAUGUGUGAGAAAAAUGGUGUGUGAGGCAAAAGUGUGUCAAGCGUGAACUAAGAUGCAAGAGUGAGUGGUGAAAAGUUAAUAGGUGAGAAAAGUGAAUGAAAUUGCGUGAGACAAAAGGCCGUGUAUUUGGAAGAAAAGCGAACUCGUAUGUCAAAAAAGUAUGUGAAGGAGAAAAAGUAAGUUGGAGGAAAGAUGUAUACUUGAUAAAAAGUGCAUGUCAGAAAGUGAGGGGGCAAAAAAGUGAGUAAAAUGCAUCUUGUCAGGGAGAAAAGCAAGCUUGUCAGAAAAAUGUGUCUGAGGGAGAAAAAUUACAAGAGUGUGUGAGGGGGUGAAAACCUUGAGGGAAAUAAGUGUGGGACAAAAGUGUCAGAAGAAUAAACUAGUACGUUUCAGAAAAAGCUGUGAGAAAAGUGUAUGGCAGGAAGAGUAAGAAAAGCAUGAAGAGGAGGAGGAAAGGGGUAUUUGCAUGCGUCACAAAAAUGAACUUGUGAAAAAGUUGUUUGAGGAAAAAAACAAAAGUGUAAGGGAAGUAGUGCAUGAGACAAAAUAGCAUACCAGAAAAGGGCAGAUCUAUGAGGACAAAUUUUGUACGCGUGCGGGAGGCCUGUGAGAAAAAGUGCAAGACGAAAUGCAUGUGUCAGAAAAACUUGUGCAUGUCAGAAAAGGGCAUGUCUGAGGGAGAAAAGUUCUAUAUGCAUGAAAGAGGAAAGAAAAGUGAAGUAUAUUUCUGUUGAGAAAAAUGCAUGUGUGACAGGAACAAAAGAUGUGUGCAAAAGUGUAGAAAGAAACGUGUGUGUCAAAGAGAAAAUAUUUUAAAACUUGUGGCUGAGGGAGAAGAUGUUGCGUAUGGCUGUGAGAAAACUCUGGGUGUGUGGGUGAGUAAAUGUGAGAAAAGUGUAUUUUCUAGAAGCCAGGAGAGCUGGCGGAUUUCAUCCUGUGCCAUUUUGGGCUGCAUUUCCACUAAAGGGUGUGUGUAUGUUGAUUUACAUCUUUCACAGGGAUGCUUUUUUGUAUGGCAGGGUUGGCCCAAUACAUUUAAAGCUGCUGCAUUUAUGCACAUGCAGUGUUUGAUUAGUUUUAUCCUUGAUUAGUGUUUUUGUAACUUGGGUAACUAUGCAUGGUGUGGAAAAUCCACCAAAAUGUGAGGGUGGGAAAUCCUGUUACAUGAUUCCUCUAAAGCAAGACCAGUGAGGCUUUUUCCCACGGAACCAGGCACACAUUUGUGCAAUCUUUUGAUUGCUGCAGUUCAACCUAGCAGAGCCUUGCCACAAAACUGCACACUCUCCUUUGCUGCUGCAUCCACACCACUGCCUCCUGUAGAGUUGUUGCUACCCAUCACCUUCUUCCUAAUGGAAGAGUGUGGCGGAUCUUUCCCGUCUGCUGUGUGCAGACCCGCAUCUUACAGCAGUCCUUUCUAAGUCCCACCCAAAAUGUCGUCACUGAAUAGAGGAGGAGGAAGAGAGCAAGGAGCAGCCAAUUGACUACCUGGAAGGGAGUGACGUCAAGGCGGAUAGGGUGGGGUCCUGUUGCAACUUCAGAAAAGCUUACAAGGAAGCACGAAGGAGAUGGAGGGGGACAAGCUUAUGGUACCCCCUAGUGGGGACCAUGGCUCUCAGCGAAGUAGUAUCUCUUCCACUGGUCCUCGUGCCCAGGAUGUCCUCGUUUAUCUUGUUGAUGACACUGUGGUGCGUCUAACAAUGGACAACCUACCCUCAGUCACGGCUCACGAGUUGCAUCGGAUGGUGUUAGAUGUGCUGAACCUGCCCGAAUGUGCACUUGAGAUCUUUUCAUUGUGGCUAGUCUCCCCCUUCCUUGAAGUUCAGCUGAAACCCAAACACCAACCAUAUAAGGUCUGCCGGCAGUGGCAAGAUUUGCUCUUUCGUUUCACUAGCUGCUCCGUGGAAGAGUUUGUUGAAGAUGAACCAUCACUUCAGUUCCGCAGAAAUAUCUUUUUCUUGAGAAGAAAGGAGCUGCAGAUUCAGGAUGAGGAUGUUCUGCGCCUCUUGUAUGAAGAGGCUAAGUACAACAUUCUGGAAGGAAGAUAUCCAUGUGACCUCACAGAUUGCGAGGCAUUAGGAGCUCUGGUUUGCCGAAUCAACUUGGGCCCUUACAAUCCGGAGCAGCACACGGCUUCUUUCUUGAAAGAGAGACUGGAUUCCUUCUUGCCUUCCCACCUUUGCCACAGAGGCCAUAAGCGCUUUGCCAGCCUUUGGAAACGGGCCAGCUCCCAGUUGCCUAUCAAUGAGCAGGGUCUCCUGCAUGCCUUUCGUGAGGUACCUGAGGCAGGGGCUUGCGAAGAACAUGCCACUCUGCUCAGGUUGUACCAUGCCUAUCUGCAAAAGUGCCAUGAGCUUCCUUAUUAUGGCUGUGCCUUUUUCUUUGGGGAAAUAGACAAGCCGGUUCAGGGAUUGCUGCAUCGGAGUGGACGCAAAGCUGUGAUAGUGGCAAUCAGCCUAGAUGGCGUCUAUAUCAUUGAUAGCAAGGAGAAGUAUGUUUUGCUGGGCCUGCGCUUUCAGGAAUUAUCAUGGGAUCACACAUUCCCAAGUGAGGAGGAACAUAUCCUGUGGUUGGAAUUUGAUGGGGAGAAUGAAGGUCGGCAAGUCAACAAACUGCUCAAGGUUUACUCUAAGCAGGCUGAACUCAUGAGUAGUCUAAUUGAAUAUUGUAUUGAGCUGAAUGUGGCUGCUAAGGGGCUGGAUCCAGAGCCCCCCACUGCUGCAGUUCCCACAUCUGAUCAACAGCCUCCCAAAAUUCAGCGGCAGCACAGUGUGCUCUGUAGUCGGAUCCAACGCUUAGCCACCAUAGACUAUGUUGAGGAAGGGAAAGAGAUCAAGAGGGUGAAACCUCGCCGCACAACAUCCUUCUUUGGCCGCCAGCUGUCAAAUGCUCCUACCUCCUACUUGGCGGUGCGGGCAGCUGAGAACUUGGAGCAGGGCUGAUCCCCAUUCUGGUACUGGGGUAGAAACAGGACCAGGCAACCUCGGGGGCAGUGCGACUACAUGGUCAGCAUCCUUGACUCUGCCUUUGGGGGUUAGAUGCUGUCUACUAUACCUCUAUCUCCAGAAAAAAACAUUACAUAUAUUCCCUUAUGCUGUCAGACAUUAUCCAGCCAUACUCUCAGUCUUACUGGGAUUGGGCUAUCAUAAUGUGCCAGGUUCUUCCUUAUACCCCAGAUUUUGAGUUUGUUCCCAGCAUGCAGCAGAGCUGUAAUAAGAGAUCCAUUCUCCCUACUACAAAGUGCCUUUACUGUCACAUUUUUCCAACCGGUGGUCAUGGUGCAACCGUAGUCAUCCCAAAUUGCUGAUUUUUCUCUACUUCUUUAUGGUUUUCAGGAAAAAAGGAAUCUAUCCCCAAAUACACUGUCAGGUACCUGAAUAAUUGAGAAAAAAGUCCAGUGUUAGUAAAACUUUGAAGGGGAGAAGCCAAAGGUUACUAUCACUUGGCAGUUGGCAUCCAAGGAGUGAAUCCCUGUUGUAUUUUUAAUUUUUUAUUAUUAUUAUUUCAGUCCAGCAGCUCAAUUUCAUCUAUUAGCAGGAGGAGAAAAUAUUUUUUUAACCACAGUUUGAUGCAGGAGCUUAAGAGACAUCUCUAAAAAAAGGGCAAUGCUUUUGGGGUGGUUGUGACUUUAAAAAGAUCUUUUUAUAAUACUUGAGUAACAUUUGAAGAUGAGGGAAGAUGGGGGACUGUGUAUGCUGGGCUACUGCAUAACCAGGAAAACUUGGUUGCACUUUUACAAACUCAUGGGUAUAAAAUAUAUGCAUCUACUACUUACCACCACAUAUACUCUUGACAUUUUCUCUUGGACAAUUUUUGUCAAUUUUGUUCUUUUGAGCUCAACUGCAUUGCUGUUAUUGGGGUUAUGGAACACAUGUCCUUGACAGCUUUUCUCAACCAGAGAUGACGUGGAACAUUUUCAUAAUCUCCAUUUUGUCUGUGAAUUACAAUGUUUAUACUCCAAACUUUUGGAAGAGGCUCAUUUUGAGGAAGGACGGCACCAAACACAUUCCAGAAGGCAGAAUAAGCAAAUUAUGCCUUUUGUUUCUUUUUAUAAUUUAUAUUUGGACAUUUGGGGGGUUCUUUUCAUCUCUCUUACCUCUAUAUCUUGAAAUUUGUGUGCUGUUUUUUUAGCAGUUUCCUCCAAGUUGGUACUUGCUCCUCUUUGUCCAGUGGCAAGUGAAAUCCAUCUGGCUAAUCACUGGUUUCUAUCCCCUUUGAAUUUCCAUUUGGAAAAAAGUGCUUUUUUUUUCCUGUUUAAAACAAUACUAUGCAAUGUCUCUUUUACUGACCUCCAUUUUCAAAGUCUGCUUAUUCAUCUAUUAACUUUAUCUAGGGGAUUGUAGCAAUAAAAAGAAUUUAAAACUGCACCUGCACUAUAUUCCUUUGAGUUUAUUAGCUUCCCAUGUGCUUGUACUUUUGUGCAUACCCUAAUUGUAUUCCUACAUUGUGCUAAGCCAGAAUUAACUAUGGAUAGGACCCAGCUGCUCAGAUUUGCCAAACAUUCUUUAUGGCUUAGUAUGUGAUGUGACCUAGCAUUGCACUCAAUGGAACUGGAUUGGUUCAUGACAGUAGAUCUAUAUUAACAUAAUAGGAUGACUGUGUUUGCAUAUGUGGUGUCAAAAUGGACUAAGUUAUGAUUCAGUGGGAUCUCCUGCCUCACCCAACUUAUUAAAGGCAACCUAACUUGCAUAUCCUGGCCACCCAGCC